GGGUCGUUGCCAACAUUACUUCAGACAUGUCCUUCAUGACCUUUGAGGGACCUUUCUGACUCUCCCGCGCCAAAAUCGUCUUGUGAAGAACAACAUAAUCGUUCCAGCCUACCACACAGAUGGCCUCUAAGCAGGGUACACCACCAUCAGCUGUUCCAACGGACACGAACCACCGCCGUUCUAGCAGCGGUAUUUCUGACGACGUUGCCAAAUCCGCUCAUGACUUCAUGGCUGUCACAAUUCGGCGCUCUAGCAGUGGUAUAUCUGACGAUGCCGCCACCGCAGCGCGCAAUUUCAUGCGAAGUGUCAAGGGCACAGGCCCCGGCUUGAAUGACGACCUUACUGAGAAAGCUCACAAGUUCAUGGAUGGGCCAGCCACUCACUGCGAAAGCCACAGCAAAUAUUUGCCAGAUGUCACCGUACCCGGAGUGACCGACCAAAUUGCUGAAGAGGCGCUCGAAUUUGUGGACAAUGCUGAAAAGUUGGAAAAGGUCUGAAGUUGCUCGCUGCAAAAGGGAUCCAUCUGGGAUCGCGCCGGAGAAGAAUGUACAGUCCAUAGGUUUGGCUGUUAUUGCAAUGGAACAACAGUCAAUUGCGAGGCA